AAUUCCAGACAUGCACACUCGGGGAGGGAGUCGUCAGAACAGAACCAGGCUGGGGGACGUCGGCUGGAGGCUCCUGCAGAGGGAGCGUGCUGCUCUCCCUGGGAGCUGCAGGGAGAGAGGGGACUGACCCACUCGCCCCCAUCAGCUUCUGAAGGUGGACCUGAACCCCAGGGGACACCUCCCCACCAAAUCAGGUGCCUGUGUUUGUCAGACAAAUACAGCCAGGCCUGCCACCUCUUUGACUCCAAAGUCCAGAGGGGCAGAGAGCCAGGACCAAGAGACGUGCUUCUCACCAGGGACGGACAAAUCGCCAGAGAUGUGGUGCAUUGUCCUGUUUUCCCUUUUGGCAUGGGUUUAUGCCGAGCCUACCAUGUAUGGGGAGAUCCUGUCCCCUAACUAUCCUCAGGCAUACCCCAAUGAAAUAGAGAAAUCUUGGGACAUAGAAGUUCCUGAAGGGUACGGGAUUCACCUCUACUUCACUCAUCUGGACAUAGAACUGUCAGAGAACUGCGCAUAUGACUCAGUGCAGAUAAUGUCAGGAGGCAUUGAAGAAGGGAUACUCUGUGGACAGAAGACCAGUAAGAAUCCCAACUCCCCAAUUGUGGAAGAGUUCAAAGUCCCAUACAACAAACUCCAGGUGAACUUCAAGUCGGACUUCUCCAAUGAAGAGCGUUUCACUGGGUUUGCAGCAUACUAUGUUGCCGUAGAUGUAAAUGAGUGCACAGAAUUUGCAGAUGCCCCUUGCAGCCACUUCUGCAACAACUUCAUCGGUGGCUACUUCUGCUCCUGCCCCCCGGAAUACUUCCUGCAUGAUGAUAUGAGAAAUUGUGGAGUCAAUUGCAGUGGAGAUGUAUUCACUACACUGAUUGGGGAGAUCACGAGCCCCAAUUAUCCCAAUCCAUACCCAGAGAACUCAAGAUGUGAAUACAAGAUCUCACUGGAGGAGGGGUACCAAGUGGUGGUGACUAUGCGGAGAGAAGAUUUUGAUGUGGAACCAGUCGAUUCAGCAGGGAAUUGCCCUGACGGUUUAGUUUUUAUUGCAGGAGAUCGGCAAUUUGGUCCGUACUGUGGUGAUGGAUUCCCUGGGCCACAAAACAUCGAAACCAGGAGUAAUGUUCUUGAUAUCGUCUUCCUGAGUGACCAAACAGGGCAAAAAAAGGGCUGGAAACUUCGUUACCAUGGAGAUCCAAUCCCCUGUCGUAAGGAAGUCACAAGCAAUUCUGUUUGGGAGCCUGAGAAGGCAAAAUAUGUGUUUAAGGAUGUGGUGAAGAUAACCUGUCUGGAUGGAUUUGAAAUUGUGGAGGGAAGUGUUGGCUCAACAUUUUUCUAUUCUACUUGUCAAAGCAACGGACAGUGGAGUAAUUCCAAACUGAAAUGUCAACCUGUGGACUGUGGCUCUCCUGAACCCAUUCAGAAUGGUAAAGCUGAAGAUCCCAAAAAUACUUUAUUUGGUUCUGUCACUCGCUACACUUGUGAGGAGCCAUAUUACUACAUGCAGCAUGAAGGAAGUGGGGAGUACCGCUGCUCUGGCAAUGGGAGCUGGGUGAACGAGGAGCUGGGCACAGAGCUGCCGAAAUGUGUUCCAGUCUGUGGAGUCCCCAGUGAGCCUUAUACUGUAAAUCAGAGGAUAUUUGGAGGAACUGAUGCAAAGAUUCAGAGUUUCCCCUGGCAAGUCUUCUUUUUAAGCCCAAGAGCUGGCGGGGCUCUUAUUGACGAGUACUGGGUGCUGACGGCUGCGCACGUCGUGGAGGGAAACCCUAACCCCAUCAUGUAUGUUGGGUCGACCUUAGUGCGCACCUCACUUCUGAAGAAUGCCCAGAUGCUCACUGCUGAGCAGGUGAUUAUCCAUCCAAGCUGGAAAACCCUGAGUAACCGAGAGGCACGGACGAAUUUUGACAAUGACAUUGCGCUGGUGCAGCUGAAAGACCCAGUGAAGAUGGGACCCAAUGUCUCCCCUAUUUGCCUGCCAGGUACCAGCCCAGCAUACAUCCCCUCAGAGAAUGACCUGGGGCUGAUCUCAGGCUGGGGUCGAACAGAGAAUAGAGAUAAUAUUUAUAGACUUCAAGGGGCAAGGAUACCCAUAGCCUCCUUAGAUAAGUGCCGGGGAGUGAAGCCGAAAAAUCCCGAAGUGAAUAUGGGUGCCUUCGUUUUCACUGAGAACAUGAUCUGUGCUGGGGGAGAGAGAAAUGUUGAUAGCUGUGGUGGGGACAGCGGUGGGGCCCUUGCUGUACAGGACCCCAGUAAAGAGAAACCCAAAUUUUAUGUGGCUGGCCUGGUGUCCUGGGGUCCUGAAUGUGGAACCUAUGGGCUCUACACGAAGGUGAAAAACUACAUUGACUGGAUAAUGAAGACUAUGCAGGAAAAUAGUACCCCCAGUAAGGAAUGAGCCAUACGUGUACCACUAGCAGCCUCUCCAAGGGGCAAUACCAGUCUCCGCAGCUCCUCACAAUAUUUCUGUUAUUUCACCAUGACUUCUUGCAGAGAAGACAGGGAAUUAUGAUAUAAAUAGAACUUGAUUGUUGGGAUACCUGGAUGGAGGUAGCAUUUGAUCAUGGCAUUGGGUUGGUCUCAACCUGUGGGGUCCUCGCCCCUGAACUCGUUCUAUAGAUAACUACAUGGGAAGGGCACACUUAUCUUGCACUAUUCGAUUGGGAAUCCCCUUUCCUCCUGAGUGCCUGGUUGUACAGCUCUGACUCUCAAAUUUAUUGUUGGGGAUGCCUUAUUCUUAUUAUUUUUGUUUGUUUCCCUAUCACUUGUUCACAAGUCCAUUUACUUUAUCAUUCUCACUAUCUACUAUCUAGUUACAAUAAAGCAUGUUUAUAACCCAA